AUGGCGGGCGGCGACCACGGUAGCGAAGCAAAUGAUACGCCCGAGCCUGUGAUAAAAAGUUUCGCCACGCUGAACCAACUGCAGAUCGGCGUGAAGGCUUUUGUUGAAAAGAACGGAGAAACAAGAAAGGCAGAAAUCCUCUCGAUCAAGCAACGGAACGCCAACUUGACAUUCUACGUACACUAUGUCGAGUUCAACAAACGUCUCGAUGAAUGGGUUUCAGCGGAACGGAUCGACCUGUCCCAGGAGGUGGAAUGGCCGGCGCCGGAGAAGCCAGAGAAGAAGAAAACCACGGUGACGAGCAAAGGACCGCCGUCGAAAGCGGCCACGGCGAAAACCGUCACUACCACCACCACCACCAAGGCCGGUCGGGCACGCACAGAGUCACGGCCAGGCUCUGCAACGCCCGACCUGCUGACGGCGAAAGCCGGCAACGACCGCAAGCGACCGGUGCCCUCCAAGGCCGGAGGCAAAGAGAACAGCGAUGGCGCGUUGGCGCCCGACGGCGACCCGGCCGCGGUGACGACGCAGGCGGGCACGCCGCUGCCGACGCUGAGCCAGGAAGACAGCAUGGGCCUCGGGUCCGGCGCGGGCGGCGAGGCCACGCCGACGGCGACGGCGACGGCGACGGCGAUGGCGGACGGGGCGACCAAGAAGGAGGAGAAGGUCGCGGGCAUCAUGGAGCCCGAGGAGGAGAUCGAGAAGCUGCGCACGGGCGGCUCCAUGGUGCAGAACCAGGCGCAGCUGCAUCUGGUGCGCAACCUCAACAAGCUGCAGAUGGGCAAGCACAUCAUCGAGCCGUGGUACUUUUCGCCCUACCCGCACGAGUUCGCCGACCUCGACAUGGUCUACAUCGACGAGUUCUGCCUGUCGUACUUCUCCUCCAAGAAGGCCUUUGAGCGCCACCGCCACAAGUGCGAGCUGCGCCACCCGCCCGGCAACGAGAUCUACCGUGACGACUUUGUCAGCUUCUUCGAGGUCGACGGCCGCCGCCAGCGCACCUGGUGCCGCAACCUGUGUCUGCUGUCCAAGCUGUUCCUCGACCACAAGACCCUCUACUACGACGUCGACCCCUUCCUGUUCUACUGCAUGGUUACGCGGGACGAGCACGGCUGCCAUCUGGUCGGCUACUUCAGCAAGGAAAAAGACUCGGCAGAGGGUUACAAUCUGGCUUGUAUUCUCACCCUGCCACAGUACCAGCGUCAGGGGCUGGGCAGACUGCUCAUCGCUUUCUCCUACGAGCUGAGCAAACGCGAAGGCAAGCUCGGCUCGCCCGAGAAGCCUCUCUCGGAUCUCGGCCUGCUAGGCUACAGACAGUACUGGAAAGAGGUCCUCAUCGAACUGCUCUCGGACCCGGCUCGCCUGCCUCCGCCGGGUUCGGCCUCACACACGCCCACUAUCGCGGAAAUCGCCUCUCUGACAUCCAUGACCGAAAAGGAUGUCCACGAACAGCUCGAGGUGCUGAAGCUGUUGCGCUACCACAAGGGCCAGUGGAUCAUCGUCGUCAGAGAGGAGUUACUCGAGUGGCAGGAGAAACGUCGGGCUAAGGAAAAGGAGAAGGGAGCCAGGCGCAUAGAUCCAAGCAAGUUGCAAUGGAAGCCGCCUGUCUUCACAGCCAGCAGUCGCACGUGGAACUGGUGA